AUGCAGUACCGCGGGCGGCGCGCGAAGCGCGUGCGGAACCUGAAGUCGCGGGUGGUGAAGGUGACGACGGUGUCGGGGUGGGAGGCGGUGCUGAAGCGCGCGGGAAGCAAGCCAGUCGUCGUGAUGUUCGGAGCGGCGAACGUCACUCCGUGCAAGCACAUGCAGCCCAUCUACGCGGACAUCUCGAAGGACGUGAAGAACAAGGGGUUCGUCUUCUGCGACAUCGACGUGCACAAGCUCCCCGCGGUCGCAGAGAAGGCCGGCGUCGAGAAGCUGCCCACCUACGCGGUCUUCAAGGACGGGGAGAAGGUCGAGAUGUUCUCCGGCGGCACGCCGAGCAAGCUGUUGGAUAUGCUAAACAGAUACCGCCCGCCUCGCUCCGCGACCGAGGGCGGCUCCGGCGCGCUGAAGUGGGUCGUGGGGGGGCUGGGCGCGCUCGCCGUGGCGGCCGCGGGGGCGUGGUACGCGGUGGCCGUCGCGGGGUGGCCCGGGGGGGGCGAGUCGACGGAAUCAAAGGGGGGGUCCGCGCAGCAACCGAAGAAGAAGCGCGCGGAGGCGGCGAAGGCGGCUGCGCCGAGCCGUGUUGGGGACGAGGAGGACGAGGAGGACGAGGACGAGGAGGAGGCGGGGGGGAGUGCAGGGGGGGGGUCGAGGGUGCAGGUGCUGGCGGAGGGGGAGGACGAAGACGAUGACGUGGAUGUUGACAGCGACGACGACGAGGAGGACGAGGACGAGGACGAGGACGACUACUGA